AUGCCUGCAAAACCCUUCAUCAUUAUCUUCAUCCUCCCAUUACUCUCUUCGGUGGUAGGGCAUGAAACCGUGCAAUCGGAAGAGUACCCUUUGGUUGUGAGCACGUGGCCCUUCGUUGAGGCUGUCAGAGCAGCAUGGAAGGCUGUUGAUGCUGGCUCUUCGGCUGUGGAUUCCGUGGUAGAAGGUUGCUCUACCUGCGAGGAGCUGAGGUGUGAUGGAACAGUUGGUCCAGGUGGAAGUCCAGAUGAGAAUGGAGAAACUACAAUUGAUGCUCUGAUCAUGGAUGGGGUGACAAUGGAAGUAGGAGCUGUUGCGGCUAUGAGAUAUGUAACGGAUGGAAUCAAGGCUGCCAGGUUAGUGAUGCAACAUACUGAACAUACAUUGCUGGUGGGAGAGAAAGCAUCAGAAUUUGCUAUUUCAAUGGGUCUUCCGGGACCUACAAACUUGAGUUCACCAGAAUCUAUGGAGAAGUGGGCCAAAUGGAAAGAUAGUCGCUGCCAACCAAAUUUCAGAAAAAAUGUAUCACCUGCAAAUAGUUGUGGUCCUUAUAGUCCAACACAUUACCUGCGGCAUCCUGAUGAAACAUGCUCCAGUACUGGUCAUAUGCUGACUAGUGAUUCAGGAUUACUUCGUGUUGGUCUUCAUAGCCAUGAUACUAUAUCAAUGGCUGUUAUUGAUAGAAUGGGACACAUUGCUGUUGGGACAUCCACUAAUGGUGCAACAUUCAAGAUUCCUGGCAGGGUAGGCGAUGGUCCCAUAGCUGGAUCCUCAGCAUAUGCUGUAGAUGAAGUGGGUGCAUGUUGUGCAACUGGGGAUGGUGACAUCAUGAUGCGCUUUCUACCAUGUUAUCAAGUUGUAGAAAGUAUGAGGUUGGGAAUGGAACCCAAAAUUGCUGCCAGAGAUGCAAUAGCACGAAUAGCAAGAAAAUUUCCAGAUUUUUUGGGAGCCAUUGUUGCCCUCAAUAAAAAGGGGCAGCAUGCUGGCGCCUGCCAUGGUUGGACAUUUAAAUACUCAGUUAGGAGCCCUGCAAUGAAAGAUGUUGAAGUUUUUACUGUGCUACCCUGA